GGCUCUGCACCAUCGUCCACUACCUUGUCGGAGGGCAGCUGGGCUGGUUGGGGCUGACCAUCGCCUGCGUGGUGCCUGGGUACGUCGCUCAGCUCCUCAGCAUCCUCUGGUUCAGGGCAGAUGGUCACCCGCCCAGCUGCUGGCUCCUGGUGCUCCACCUCCUGCAGCUGGGCCUCUGGAAAAGGUACUGUGAUGUUUUGCGAACAGAGGCAAAGGUGGGCGGCAGCGCUCGUACCGGGGAGGUGCUGAUGCAGCUCGGGGAUGUGUGUGUGCUGCGGCUUCUGGAAGCUCUGCUGCAGACCCUGCCUCACCUCCUGCUGCAGGCCUACGUUGUGGUGGCAGUUGACCCAGGGGGCAUCAUCCCUGGCGUCAGCGCGGGGCUGUCCCUGCUCUCCCUCGCUUGGGCAUUGGUGUCCUACAGCCGCUUCUCCUGCCUGCUGAAACCUGGCCACCUCUGCCCGCCGGCCGCGGCCAUCCUCUGCCUGCUGCUCUGGAGGACGGGGAUGCUGGGGACCAGGGUCCUGGCCCUGGUGUUCUUUGCCAGGCUGUAUUCCUUCUGGGUUUUUGCUGUGGCAGGUGUCCACUGGUUGCUCAUGUCCUUCUGGCUGGUGGCCCAGCAGACAGAUAUCGUGGCCCAGCCCUGCCGCUGGAGGCUGUUCAAUUGCCUGGUGGGAGCCGUAUACAUCUUCUGCUACAUUAACAUCCGCCCUGGUCCCUCUAAGCACAGGGUGGCCGUGUUUUAUGCAAUAAUGCUGAUGGAAAAUACCCUCCUGCUGCUGCUGGCCACGCGGUUCCUGCAGGCAGAGCUGAGGAGGAGCCUCUACGUAACUGGGGCCGUCAUGUCAGGGUCUGUAAUAGGUGCCAUAGCUCUGGUGGUUUAUUACAGCCUGCUCCAUCCCAAGUCCACAGAGAUCUGGCAGGGUUUUGUGGAGACAUCCUGCAGUACUGCGGCUGCCAGUGAUGACGAGGGGGCUGGAGAUGGCUCCCAGGCUGGGCAGAGCUUGGAGAUUUCAGGACAUAGUGGGUCUUUGGCAAGGGAAGAGACCAUGGCAGAUCCCAAAAAUGGGAAGAGCUCACUGCUCCUGCAAUUUGGAGGGUGUUUGGAGGAUGACUGGACCAGCCAUCACCACUGGCUGCUAGUAAAGCUGGCCUUGAAGACAGGAGAUAUAUCCAUGAUCAACGCAGCUUUUGGAGAUGGUGGCAUAGGAGAGAUUUACCUUGGAGAAUGGAUGAUGGGGAAACCCAACAGCAUUGAGCCUGGUGCAAACUUUUCCCUCCCCAUGGCGGAAAUGGGUCCUCAGGGUGUUGAAUCUGGUUUGACUGAUGAGAAAUCGCAGGUGGUUGGGAAUGAUGAACGCAGCAAACCAAGCGCUGGCGCUGCAAGAACAGGACAGGAAGAUGGAGAAGGGCAGGAGCCUGGUUUUCACCCAUCUGAAUCCUUUCCCAGUAGCUUCUCCUCAGAGCCAUCUGAAGGCUCCUCUCUGUAUUUCAGUGCCAACAUGGGAGUCGUUGCCUCACCUGGUGUGGGGACAGCCACAGCCACAUGUGUGGCAUCAGUGCAAAGGGACAGCGAAACCCAGCCUCCCCCAGACUCUUUGGGACGAGGAGAAGGGAAUUUAUCCCUUGGGAUGGCAACCAUCAGCCCAAUCCUGGGUGCUUGUGCCCAUAAGCAUCUACAGAGCAGCUCUGUAGGAGUGAUGGGUCCCCCUGAGGAGGGCUUGGAGCCCACAGGGCCAGAGGGUGCCCUCAUGGGGUGGCGUCACCUUCAGGACCCCCACCCUUACAGCACACAAGGGACUGGUGUGAGAAGCAAGCUGAGGCCACCAUGCUUCACCUCCACCCCCAAGUCUGACUCUGAAUGCCCACAGCGUGGACUGGGGGAGCCGGGAGAGGGGACAGAGCUGACUGGGUUCGUGGAGUGA